ACUAAUAGAGAAAGAAUAUGUUCUCUCUCUCUCUUCUCUGUCCAUCGCUCAAAACCACUUCCCUACCACUAAUCAUUCUCACCAAACACGACACUACUGCUAUCUCUGUUCUCGCAUAUGCGACCACGUGUUCCCCGCACGUGCGCCAUUGCUUUAUUUCUUACCCGCCAAAAGCGGUUGCUUAUAAAUGCCGGUCCAAAUCAUCCACGAGGAUCACCGCAACCUCCACAACCGAAUCGACAGAAAUGGCGGAAUCCGUUGACGCCAGGAAGCUUCGCGCCGAGUUCCUCAAAGUUCUGCGCAGUAGACGAUCCGGCGAAGUUCCGUUAUCUGUGGAGCCUGCAAAGCCUGUAGCGAACCCUUUGUAUCUGGAGGCUUCAACACCUCGCUUCAGUGAGGCAAUGGCAUCCUGUCCAAAAGCAGACAAUGAGAAAUUGGAGGACUUACUGCAAGAGGAAAAUUUAUACUUGAUUACCGAGGCAGGAGAGCAAGGAAGGUUACCAGUAUUGAUUAUAAGCAUGAAGGAAGAGAGUGACCAAAAAAGGCCUGCCGUUGUAUUUCUGCAUAGUACACACAAGUGCAAAGAAUGGUUAAGACCCUUGCUUGAGGCGUAUGCUUCAAGGGGCUACAUAGCCAUUGCCAUUGAUUCCCGCCACCAUGGUGAACGUGCCAGCAAUAUUACCACCUACCGAGAUGCUCUUGUAUCAUCAUGGAAGAAAGGUGAUACCAUGCCAUUCAUAUUCGACACGGUCUGGGACUUGAUAAAACUAGCAGAUUAUUUGACAGGAAGGAAGGAUAUAGACCCUACUAGAAUAGGAAUCACUGGUGAAUCGCUUGGAGGUAUGCAUGCGUGGUUUGCUGCCUUUUCUGAUACCCGCUAUUCUGUGGUUGCCCCCAUAAUUGGCGUUCAGGGUUUUGGAUGGGCUGUAGAGAAUGACAAGUGGCAGGCUCGAGUUGACAGCAUAAAGCCUGUUUUUGAGGAAGCACGAAAUGAUUUAGGCAAGAGCGUAAUUGAUAAAGAAGUGGUGAAGAAGGUUUGGGAUAGGAUUGCUCCUGGUCUAGCCUCUGAGUUUGAUUCUUCUUGCACAAUUCCAGUUAUUGCACCGCGUCCUUUGCUGAUAUUGAAUGGUGCGGAAGAUCCACGAUGCCCGGUACCUGGUCUAGAGGUUCCUAUUUCAAGAGCGCGCAAGACUUGGGAAGAUGCGCAAUGUCUUGAUCACUUUAAGGUUAUUGCGCAACCUGGAAUCGGUCACCAAAUGACCCCGGAGAUGGUGAAAGAAGCUAGCGACUGGUUUGAUAAGCAUCUCAUGCAAUGAUGCUAUUUAGUUUGAGUUCUCCAGUUGUGUGAUUGUUCCUCAACCUUUUUCCCAUUUUGUUUAUUCGUGUCCUUGAAUGCAAUAAUAAUCUCUGGUUUUGGCAGUUCAUGUAGUCUAAGUCUAAACGUCUAAUAAAGCAUAUUGUCGUUUUCAUGCUCGCUGAGACAAGACCUUUUACUCCGUGUAAGCUUGUAUAAAAUUUUGCUGACCAUUUCAAUCGAUCUGCAAAAAUAAUUUGGAACAUGGACAUUUUUUUUAUUUUUUUUUAUUUUUAAAAGAUUGAUAUGCAAUACUGAUUUCCAGUAUAAAUUAGUUGCAUAACACC